CCACAGGAGGCUGAGACCUAAAGGGAAGGUGCAGAGCCUCCGAGAGGAGAGGCAGCGAAAGUGUUGGAGUGUUGGGCAGGAGGACAGUGUGCUUCUGGGACGGGUGAGAGCAGGGAAGCCAAGGGCUGUCUCGGGGUGACAGAGGAGGGUGGGGAGAGGCAGAGAAGCAAGACAGAAGGCAGGCACACCAAGAGGACAAAGGAAGCUGAAGAGACCCUGGGAGCCAGAGCCAGGAGCCAUGCCCCACAGCUCCGACAGCAGUGAUUCCAGCAGCUUCAGCCAGUCUCCCCCUCCCAGCAAGCAGGACUCUUCUGAUGACGUGAGAAAAGUCCAAAGGAGGGAGAAGAAUCGUAUCGCUGCCCAGAAGAGCCGCCUGAGGCAGACUCAGAAAGCAGACACACUGCACUUGGAGAGCGAAGACUUGGAAAGGCAGAAUGCUGCCCUGCGCCGGGAGAUCAAGCAGCUGACAGAGGAGAUGAAGCACUUCACCUCGAUGCUGAGCUCCCAUGAACCACUCUGCUCCAUCCUGACAUCCCCUCCACCGCCUCCAGAAGUGCUUUACGCCACACACUCCUUUCACCAGCCCCACAUUAGCUCCCCACGCUUCCAGCACUGAGCUGGAAGUAGGACGACAGCCUGCCAGCUCCACUGAUGUCAAGAAGUAACUUCAUGGGGCUCACUUUUCCAUCCAAGGGAAGGAAUUGGACAAGUGGACGUUCCUUCUUAAAGUGUGUACUCUGAGUGACUUGCCUAAGACUUACUUCCUGUGCAGAAAUGGCAGAGCCACCACAAAGCAUCUUGGGACAGUUUCCAGCUUGGAUCCUGAGAAGAGGAGGCAGUCACAAAAGGGCACCAACCCCCUUCUGUGGUGCUUGUUUGGGCACACUCACAAGAGCGUGCAGCACCGACAGCCUCCAUAAGAGUGCCUGGAUGUGACAUGCAACAACCGGAGCUACAGGAAGAGGAAUGGGAGCAGGGGUGG